GCGGCGCGUGACGCGUCCUUCUCCCCUGCCUGUCCCCACCAGCGGAAGGCAGCGUGCUCUCUGUUCCAAUAUCAGUGCUGAGUGAAUCCAGAACCAUCUGCCAAAAUGGUGAACUUCACAGUCGACCAGAUCCGUGCCAUCAUGGACAAGAAGUCCAACAUCCGUAACAUGUCCGUGAUUGCGCACGUAGACCACGGGAAAUCCACACUGACCGAUUCUCUGGUGUCCAAGGCUGGGAUCAUCGCUUCCGCCCGCGCCGGAGAGACCCGCUUCACUGACACUCGCAAAGAUGAGCAAGAGCGCUGCAUCACCAUCAAGUCCACCGCCAUCUCCCUGUACUACGAGCUGAGCGAGAAUGACUUGGCCUUCAUUAAGCAGUGUAAGGAUGGGUUGGGUUUCCUCAUCAACCUGAUCGACUCUCCCGGCCACGUGGACUUCUCCUCGGAGGUCACGGCCGCCCUGCGCGUCACAGAUGGAGCCCUUGUUGUGGUGGACUGCGUCUCUGGUGUGUGUGUGCAGACCGAGACGGUGCUGAGACAGGCCAUCGCCGAGCGCAUUAAGCCCGUGCUGAUGAUGAACAAGAUGGACCGGGCCCUGCUGGAGCUGCAGCUGGAGCCUGAGGAGCUUUACCAAACCUUCCAGCGCAUCGUGGAGAACGUAAACGUCAUCAUCUCCACGUACGGAGAGGACGAGAAUGGACCCAUGGGUAACAUCAUGAUCGAUCCAGUGGUCGGUACUGUGGGUUUCGGCUCCGGUCUGCACGGCUGGGCCUUCACCCUGAAGCAGUUUGCUGAGAUGUACGUGGCCAAGUUCGCUGCUAAAGGGGAAGGUCAGCUGAGCCCAGCUGAACGCUGUAAGAAAGUGGAGGACAUGAUGAAGAAACUCUGGGGUGACAGGUACUUUGACCCAGCCAAUGGUAAAUUCAGCAAGUCCGCCACCAGUCCUGAUGGGAAGAAGUUGCCCCGCACCUUCGCCCAGCUCAUCCUGGACCCGAUCUUCAAGGUGUUCGACGCCAUCAUGAACUUCAAGAAGGAGGACACCGCCAAACUGAUCGAGAAGCUGGACAUCAAGCUGGACUCCGAGGAUAAGGAGAAGGAGGGCAAGCCGCUGCUGAAGGCCGUGAUGCGCCGCUGGCUGCCUGCGGGAGAAGCUCUGCUUCAGAUGAUCACCAUCCACCUGCCCUCUCCCGUCACGGCCCAGAAGUACCGCUGCGAGCUGCUCUACGAAGGACCUGGAGAUGAUGAAGCUGCCAUGGGUGUCAAGAACUGCGACCCGAAGGGUCCCCUCAUGAUGUACAUCUCAAAGAUGGUGCCGACCACCGAUAAGGGCCGUUUCUACGCUUUCGGCCGUGUGUUCUCUGGUGUCGUGUCCACCGGGCUGAAAGUGAGGAUCAUGGGACCAAACUUCACCCCUGGGAAAAAGGAGGAUCUUUACCUGAAACCCAUCCAGAGGACCAUUUUGAUGAUGGGGCGUUACGUUGAGCCCAUUGAAGACGUGCCAUGCGGUAACAUCGUGGGUCUGGUUGGCGUGGACCAGUAUCUGGUGAAGACCGGGACCAUCACGACCUUUGAGCAGGCCCACAACAUGCGUGUGAUGAAGUUCAGCGUCAGCCCUGUGGUCCGAGUGGCGGUGGAGGCCAAGAACCCUGCUGACCUGCCCAAACUAGUGGAGGGACUCAAACGUCUGGCCAAGUCCGACCCCAUGGUGCAGUGCAUCAUCGAGGAGUCCGGAGAGCACAUCAUCGCUGGCGCUGGAGAACUUCACCUGGAAAUCUGCCUUAAAGAUCUGGAGGAGGACCAUGCUUGCAUUCCACUGAAGAAAUCGGACCCCGUCGUGUCAUACAGGGAGACGGUCAGUGCAGAAUCCGACCAGAUGUGCUUGUCCAAGUCCCCCAACAAACACAACCGUCUCUACAUGAAGGCCAGGCCGUUCCCAGACGGUCUCGCCGAAGACAUCGACAAGGGUGACGUGUCGUCCCGUCAGGAGCUCAAGACCCGAGCCCGUUAUCUGGCCGACAAAUACGAGUGGGAGGUCACAGAGGCCCGUAAGAUCUGGUGCUUCGGACCCGACGGGACCGGACCCAAUAUGCUGGUGGACGUGACCAAGGGAGUGCAGUACCUGAACGAGAUCAAGGACAGCGUUGUUGCUGGCUUCCAGUGGGCCACUAAAGAGGGUGUGCUGUGCGAGGAGAACAUGCGCGGCGUCCGCUUCGACAUCCACGACGUGACUCUCCACACGGACGCCAUCCACCGCGGCGGAGGCCAGAUCAUCCCCACGGCCCGCAGGGUUCUGUACGCCUGUCAGAUCACCGCCGAGCCCAGACUCAUGGAGCCCGUCUACCUGGUGGAGAUUCAGUGCCCGGAGCAAGUGGUCGGCGGCAUCUACGGCGUGUUGAACAGAAAGCGAGGUCACGUGUUCGAGGAGUCUCAGGUCAUGGGAACGCCCAUGUUCAUCGUCAAGGCCUUCCUUCCCGUCAACGAGUCUUUCGGUUUCACAGCAGAUCUGCGCUCCAACACCGGCGGUCAGGCGUUCCCUCAGUGUGUGUUCGACCACUGGCAGAUUCUGCCCGGCGACCCCAAAGACGCCGCGUCCAAGCCUUUCCAGAUCGUCGCCGAGACACGCAAGCGCAAGGGCCUGAAAGAGGGCAUGCCGGCACUCGACAACUUCCUGGACAAGUUAUAAACCGCUGAACGACACGUCUCCCACUGUAACCCCACCUCGGCGCUUUACUCUCUCAUUCCCGCGUCAUUCCUUCCCUCCUGCACUCGCUUCCUUCCCUCAGAGUACACGCGAGGGACUGGACUGUACAGGGCACAAACGUCACAUUUCUCACAGCAGACAGGAAAGUCAAGUGGAUUAUGUAAAUCUAAAUAAAGAAAAUAAAAAUGGAAAAUUA